CGAGUUCUCCUCGUCCCAAGACACUCCAUUGUCUUCCUGGCCAUCACUUUGGCAAAUAUUGGAAUAUUUGCUCUCGCCAGCUUGGAACGAAGACGCCGGUCUCGAUGAUUUUGCUCGACGACAUCAACGCGGGAGAGGCGUACGGCCGACUCGGAACCGCCAGCACCGCACCACCACGUCCCAAUACAGACAACAAAGACCGAGACAUCGAGGAUCUCGAGGGCAGCACGACAUCGGUCGAGCUUGAAGCUCCUCCCCCUCGAGAUCCCAAUGUCGUCGACUGGGAAGGCCCAGAUGACCCCGCGAACCCCCAUAACUGGUCGCAAGGGAAAAAGGUCAUGACGGUCGCCCUCGUAUCCUCCAUCACAUUCGUCACGCCCCUCGCAUCGUCCAUCUUCUCGCCGAGCAUCAAACAAGUCAUGAUCGAGUUCAACUCUACGAACCAACAACUUGCCUCAUUCAUCGUCUCUGUAUAUCUCCUCGGAUACUGCUUUGGACCCCUCGUCGUUGCGCCCUUGUCCGAGAUGUUCGGCAAGAACCCCAUCUACAAUGUCUGCAAUGUCCUAUUCGUCGUGUUCAACGUCGCCUGCGCAAAAGCUCCAAAUCUACCAAGCCUCAUCAUUUUUCGACUACUGGCUGGCCUUGCCGGCUGCUGUCCUCUGACUCUCGGGGCUGGUACACUGGCCGAUACGAUCGCCGCAGAGCAUCGUGGGGCUGCUAUGGCUUCAUGGGCAAUGGGCCCGCUCAUGGGCCCCGUUAUUGGUCCUAUCGCGGGUGGAUACUUGACAGAAGCUAAAGACUGGCGUUGGUCAUUCUGGGUUGUAUCUAUGGUGGGCGGUGUCAUUGUGAUCCUCGGUUUCGCCUUCAUGCGCGAGACAGAUGCGCGCACUCUCUUGGAGCAAAAGACAAAGAAGCUUCGCAAAGAGACUGGAAAUCCCAAACUCCGUUCAGCUCUCGAUACAGGACGCACAACCAGGGAACUCUUCAGAGCUGCAACCAUCCGACCGGGUAAGAUGCUGCUGUUUUCACCCAUUAUAUUCUCGCUGUCCCUGUACAUGGCCAUGGUCUACGGAUACCUGUACCUCCUUUUCACUGCCAUUCCAAUGGUCUUUCAACAGCAAUACGGGUUUACGACAGGACAAGUCGGCCUUUCUUAUAUCGGCUUCGGUGUAGGUUCGAUGAUUGGACUGGGUAUCGCAGGAGGCAUGUCCGAUCGGAUAUUUCAGCGCCUAACCAAGAAGAACGGCGGAGAGCCUAAACCAGAAUACCGUCUUCCUAUCAUGGCCAUAGGCUCCGUGUUCGUGCCAGUCGGUCUGUUCCUGUUUGGCUGGACUGCUGAUAAGGACGAACACUGGAUUCUGCCCAUCAUCGGCACAUGUUUUGUCGGACUCGGCAUGGUCACAGCAUUUAUGUCAAUCUCAAUCUACUUGGUAGAUGCAUAUACUGAACAUUCCGUAUCUGCCAUUGCUGCAAGCACCGUAUUCCGCUCCCUUCUAGGAGCCCUUCUACCCCUGGCAGGGCGAAAGAUGUUCGAGGCACUGGGCCUAGGGUGGGGCUCCUCACUCCUGGCGUUUAUUGCUAUCCUAAUGGUCCCGCUUGCUCUCGUCUUUAUUAAGUAUGGAGAGACGAUCCGACACUACACUAUCUUCAACAUGAAAAUUGAUUAGCAUACUGGUGUGGUCGCUGGGAGAUUGCGCUCAACGGUGAUAUAAGGCACGGGUCAUGGAUUUGGAUAGAACAAAUAGUGGUGCAUAUAGAGCAAUCCUUUGGUCCAUUGAUGACAAGAAAUUGGCACUCACACCAAUGGAACGGAUUUCAUGACAUACAAAUAAGCUAUCAUAGGCUUUGGACUACUAAGUUCUCAAGGCGACG